ACAUACGCAGCAAGAGCCAUAGUUUUGCAUUUACCCAAUCCAAAGGAGAUAUGCAUACGUCCUGAUGCUUUCAGGAACAUGAGAAGGUUGAGGGUGCUCAUCAUGAUUAAUGUGCAUACCUAUUUUCAAGGUCCUAUCUGCCUUCCUAAUGGACUAAGAUGGUUUGAAUGGCCCGAAUGCCCUGGGAUUCCUGAAUUUUCCUCUGGUCCAAAGAAAUUAGUUGGACUUGAUCUGCACAAAAGCAACAUCCGAGUUGUGAGGGAGCAAUUUAAGGACUUUAAAAUGUUGAAGUCCAUAAACUUUAGUGAAUGCCAAUCGCUGGAAUGUAUGCCGAACCUCAAUUGUACUCCAAACCUUGAGGAGUUGGAUCUCCAUGGGUGCAAAAACUUGAAGCAUGCCGACGAAUCACUUGCACAUCAUAACAGGUUACGGUUAUUGAAUUUAAGUGGGUGCUCUGAACUUUAUGAUUUUCCGGAUGUGCUCCAAUCCAAGAAUCUGGAACUUCUCAAUCUUAAUCAUUGCUCAAGAUUGGAAAGGUUCCCUAAUAUUCCAGAUAAAAUCAAAAGCAUGCGAGGACUUUAUUUAAUAGGAACUUCAAUUGAGGAACUUCCCAAGUCCAUAGAAAAUCUUGUCACUUUGGAGGAAAUGGAUUUAAGAUAUUGCAAGAAACUGGCAAUCCUCCCAUCUAGCAUUUACAGGUUGCCAAAUCUCGAAAUGUUGAUGCUUGAAGGCUGCUCAAAACUAGUCAAGUUUCCAAAGGAGGAGGAGCCGAGUGAUUCCCAUAUGACGAUGGGAUUUCGUAAGUUAUAUGUUUUAAACCUUCGUGGAUGCAAUCUAUCAGAAUUGGACUUCUUGGAGAAUCAUUCUAGCUUUCAGUUCUUAAGAGCUUUGUAUUUGCUGGGAAACAAUAUUACCAACCUUCCUACAUGCGAGCUACUACAUAAUUUGCUCUGGUUCGAUGUUUCGUACUGCCAACAACUGCAAGAGAUCCCCCAGAGUUCAGGGCAAUUAAGUCAUCUAUGGUCAAUUGGUUGCGAAUCUGUGAGUAGAUUUGCCCCCGACAAUGUGACGUUGGAGGUAAAUUUCCCCCCGACAAAUGGCAAUUGAGUUGUGUAAUUCGCUCAGCUUCAGUGCUCUCUCGCAUUGACUGCUCGUUCGCUUUGCUCAAUCCUCCGAGUGUUUAGGUUGCUUGAUUCACUGGUUAGGUCAUAAAGCACGGAGUUGUUUAUGAUUAAUUUUGUUUUCCUCUCUUGGGAUCAAAUGUUGCAGGUUAUCCAGUUGGCGAAGUAAGGCCAUUAGAGAACGG